AUAACCAAGACUGCGGGAUUUCAGAGUACGCUUCAUUUCUGCGUUUGUUUACACCUCAAGAAAGACCUCUUAACAGUGGCAUUUACUAUGGACACCACCCAGUACCAGUCAGAGGUUUUACCGAUGCAAACCAGCAAGUCCGAGAAGUGGUGUGAACCUGGAUAUAGACCUGUGUAUCAGCGUGAGAUGCAGAUGGAAUCUACCCCCCCACCGCGGGAUCACAUUAUUUGGUCCUUGUUCAACUUCAUCAACUGUAAUCCAUGUUGCUUGGGACUCAUCGCCCUUUACUACUCGGUCAAGGCCAGAGACCGGAAGGUGCUGGGCGACCUGGAAGCCGCCCGGGAGCACGGAUCUAAGGCUCGCUGCUUUAAUAUAGCUGCCCUCUGCAUCUCCUUGGUCAUCCUGUUCAUCUUCAUUUGGCUCUUCUGGAUGCGGAUUUCCAUGUUGAUAAGAAUGAAUGAAGAAAUCAAAAAAGACCAGAAUCGUGGUUUGAAAGAGAAUCCCUUUCUUCGUGGGCAUUAUUAGGCCUACUUUAAAAUAAACAAGCUUAUAAGAUAGGCCUCCUAUCUGCAGAAUGUUCAUAGGCUCUCAUAUGUACCCACCUUUAAAAACAAAUAGUUGCUCUAUCAA